CAUUUUAUGACGCCGUGUGUGGAACUUCGUAAACAGAUUUUGCUUUAUCUGCUAGCAAGGGGACGAGAAUUAUGUCAAAACGGAGGAUCGAAGUCGUGGAUCCGUACGUUAAACGGAAAGCAGAUGGCUCGACAUCUAACAAUACAACUACGCCCUCAACAGCACCAAAAAGUCAAGUUCAGCUGAAUCCUUACACCUUUCUACCAUAUACACCUCGGUAUUAUGAAUUUUAUAAAAAGCGAAUCACCUUGCCUGUGUUCGAGUAUCGUGCUGAUUUCAUGAGGUUAUUGGCUCAACAUCAGUGUAUUGUAUUAGUCGGCGAAACAGGGUCAGGCAAAACUACACAGAUACCACAAUGGUGUGUAGAAUAUUCAAGGUGUAUUGGUGUCAAAGGUGUUGCAUGUACGCAACCAAGAAGAGUAGCAGCUAUGUCUGUUGCACAGAGAGUUUCAGAGGAAAUGGAUGUUGCACUAGGUCAAGAAGUAGGGUACAGUAUUCGUUUUGAAGACUGCAGUUCCCCAAAAACUCUAUUGAAGUACAUGACUGACGGUAUGCUUCUUCGGGAAGGCAUGUCCGAUCCUAUGCUAGAUGCAUACCAAGUGAUACUGCUGGAUGAAGCACACGAAAGGACUUUGGCCACUGAUUUGCUAAUGGGUGUGUUGAAAGAAGUGAUUAAACAGAGACCAGAUUUAAAACUAGUGAUUAUGAGUGCGACCUUAGAUGCUGGGAAAUUUCAACAGUAUUUUGAUAAUGCACCUUUAAUGAAUGUACCUGGCAGAACACAUCCCGUCGAGAUUUUUUAUACGCCCGAACCUGAAAGAGAUUAUUUAGAAGCCGCUAUCAGGACAGUCAUUCAGAUUCAUAUGUGCGAAGAAGUAGCGGGUGAUCUGCUCUUGUUCUUAACUGGCCAAGAAGAGAUCGAAGAAGCAUGUAAGAGAAUCAAAAGGGAAAUGGAUAAUUUAGGUCCAGAAGUAGGCGAACUGAAAUGCAUACCGCUAUAUUCGACAUUGCCCCCGAAUCUACAACAAAGGAUAUUCGAGCCGGCACCACCGACAAAACCAAAUGGUGCAAUUGGCAGAAAAGUAGUAGUAUCGACCAACAUCGCGGAAACAUCAUUGACUAUCGAUGGUGUUGUCUUUGUAAUAGAUCCCGGUUUUGCAAAACAGAAGGUAUAUAAUCCCAGGAUUCGUGUAGAAUCUCUCUUAGUAUCGCCUAUUAGUAAAGCGUCUGCUCAGCAAAGAGCUGGUAGAGCUGGUCGUACAAGACCCGGCAAAUGUUUCAGAUUGUACACAGAGAAAGCAUAUAAAAUUGAGAUGCAAGAAAACACUUAUCCUGAGAUAUUACGGUCGAAUCUUGGUAGUGUUGUACUGCAGCUGAAGAAACUUGGUAUCGAUGAUUUGGUUCAUUUUGACUUUAUGGACCCUCCUGCCCCAGAAACUCUUAUGAGAGCUUUGGAGCUUCUAAAUUAUUUGGCUGCAUUGGACGACGAUGGAAAUCUAACCGAUUUGGGAGCUGUGAUGGCCGAAUUUCCAUUAGAUCCUCAAUUGGCGAAAAUGCUAAUUGCAUCUUGCAAUCAUAACUGCAGUAACGAGAUUCUCAGCAUUACUGCUAUGCUUUCAGUCCCACAGUGUUUUGUGAGGCCAAAUGAGUCGAAAAAGGCUGCGGAUGAUGCUAAAAUGCGAUUUGCACACAUCGACGGAGAUCACUUGACGUUGUUGAACGUGUAUCACGCUUUUAAACAAAAUUUUGAAGACCCACAGUGGUGUUACGACAACUUCGUCAAUUACCGAUCGUUGAAAAGUGGCGACAAUGUCAGGCAACAGUUAAGCAGAAUAAUGGACAGAUUUUGUUUGAAGCGGACCUCGACAGAUUUUACAUCAAAAGAUUAUUAUAUUAAUAUCAGAAAAGCGCUGGUGAACGGAUUCUUCAUGCAGGUUGCCCAUUUAGAAAGGACUGGUCAUUAUUUGACCAUCAAAGAUAAUCAAAUUGUACAGCUUCAUCCGAGCAGUUGUUUGGAUCAUAAGCCUGAAUGGGUAAUCUAUAACGAAUUCGUGCUUACGACGAAGAACUAUAUCAGAACAGUUACCGAUAUCAAACCCGAUUGGUUGCUAAAGAUAGCACCACAAUAUUACGAUUUACAAAACUUCCCACAAUGCGAAGCAAAAAGACAAUUGGAAGUAAUCCAAGCGAAGUUAGAUUCGAAACAGUAUCAAGAAGGAUUCUAACCCUUAUAUAUUUUAGAU